AUGAUCCUUUCCAGAGCAUCCUCUACACAUACAGCGCAUAACAGUCAGACAAAGCAAAGCGGCUCCCCCAGAUUUUUUGUUUGGUUCAUCGUCGAUUUGAUUAUCAUGAUACUCAUGACAGUGGGUGCUGUCAUCUUAAUUCAUAACAUACCUACAAUAGGCAUAUUCUUCACACAGCAUUACUAUGUGGAAUACAUUCUUCUAUCAGUUACUGGCGUCCUAAUAAUAGUAUUUAUAUUUGUGAGAAAAAUUCGGUCAAACUAUCUUGCUACUCGUAUGGUGCUUGAAACUGUGGUUUUACUGUGGUCUGUGAUCUUUGCUAUCGUUUUCAAAUCAACUGAAUGGACACAUGAGUUGAUAUCACUGGGUGAUUUAAAAGGAAAGAUAAGCUGCUUUGCGAUGGUUGUUUUAAUCGGUCUAUUUAUAAUCAUUAUCAUGUUCACUUGUGUCAGUGUCCAGACGUGCUGCUUAACUGAUCCAGGAUCAAAUUGUCAGAAUACACUCAACGAUGACUUCGCUGAGCUUCAACAGAUCUAG